CCACCACCACCACCACCACCACCAUCAUCAUCAUCAUCAUCGUCAUCAUCAUCACCAGCACUUUUGACCUUCCCCGCCCAAAUUCGGCCGCUGCCUCGAUUCUUGAAUUGGGCCGCCUCCCAGUUGCGGUAGCCACCUGUCUGACUGAAGCUGAUCCUACGAGUCCUGUGGUUUACAUUGGUGGCAUUCGCCCCCUGCCCCUUCCCAUUCCGUGUACUACUUUAAUUUUUGAUCUGCUCCUCACCUUCCCACGAGCAGGGGACAUCCGCCCUCUCGACCUCAUGAGACGAUUCGCCGCCCACUCCUUCUAA